AUGGGCAAUCCUGCCUUGGGAACUGGAACGACGGCAGGAGGCGUGAACUGGGUCGGAUAUCUGACAAGCGCAGGGAAUGCAUCUCUUGUCCUGAGCUACAAUCUCGCGGUUGGAGGCGCAACUAUCGAUGGCUCGCUCGUUGGGACCACUGCAAACGAUGUUGUUAGGCAAGUGAGCACGUUUGAUGCGGCUUAUAGCAGCAAGCCGGCUUCUGCACCGUGGACGUCUGAGGAUGCUGUUUUUACAUUUUGGAUUGGGGUCAAUGAUAUAGCUGUCUAUAAUCAGCAGCUCGCGACCAUGGCUGAGAGUUUCCAGUCUAGCAGUACCGGCGUCACCGCGAUUCUGGUGGUCAUUCAUAACCAAGGUCCUCGACAAUCCUACCGAUUACGGGGUUCCCCGAUGCCACUUGCAUCAAUGAGGACGGUACUUCGUGUGUCUGGUGGAAUGACUACCAUCCUGGGACGAAGUAUCAUCAACUUCAGGCUCUGGAUAUGA